AUGCGAUCGUGGUGGUUAUUGACGCUCUUUUUGGCUUCGGUAUCGGCCGAUCAGCUCAACAAUCGGAUCGACCCUAAUGUAACGACAAUCCAGCACUGUCCGGAUGUGCAGCGGAGGAGUGGUGGCGUCAAUUUGGUUUGCUGCAACAGUGCCUCGCCACCAUUUGACGGCUUUUCCCCGGUGGGCCUCUGCCAAACCGAGCACUGCCAAUGCCAUCUACAAUUGUUUGACGUGCAUUGUGAUCGCGGGGAAUGCAACAUGCUAUCCCUGAACUCCUUCAAGCUGCCGUUCGUCGUAACGGUCGAGAAAUGGACGCGCACGACGAGAGCGGCCUUGGAAGCGCUGUGCGACCUGGACGUUGUUGCGCUAAGUUUCUACGAUUUGCCGCUCGACGACACGCCACUGAACAGCUUGGCGCCUUGUUUUAGCAGGCUUCAGAACCUCGAGUUUUCGCUGUCCCGCGAGCGUCCGGUGGAAUUGCAUCGUGCUUGGCAGCUUUUGGCCUCUGUUCAGCAUCUACGCAUCGUUAACGUUGAUUUUGAGUGGGGAAAUGUCCCGCCAGCUUUUCUCUCAACGCUGAAAACGCUUCACGUCGAAAAUUCGACGAUGGCUGCAUUACCAAAGGGGAUUGUGCAGAAUCGCGUGUUGGCGAGGGUUACGAUAAAAGGCACCGAACUAGACUCGUUGGCUGCCAUUUCGCAACUGAGCGUCCUCACCUCCGCCCAUCUCGCCUCGAAUCAGCUGGCCGAUCUGCACAAUGUCGUUUUUGUCAGCGCACAGCUUCGUGACCUCGAUCUCACCCAAAAUCAGAUCUCUGCCCUCUCCGCUCAUACGCUCUCGAAAUGUGUGGAUCUUCGCGUGUUGGACAUUUCCGGGAAUCCGUUGACCGCCCUUCCCGCCCGCGCAUUUGCCAACAAUCGACGGCUCAAGUAUUUGAAGCUCAGCCAUACUUUUAUACAGACUUUGCAACCAGGGGCGUUGACCGGAUUGCCGAGUCUACGAUCGUUGGCUCUUGAUCAUACUCCACUACACACCAUCCACCCAUUGGCGCUGGUUUCGCUUAAAAAUUUGAAGAGCCUAAAUCUGGAGAGCGCCAACUUGACGAAAAUCCCCUCGGCGAUCACCUCUUUAUGCCAUUUGACACAUGUCAACCUCGGCUUCAACCUACUCCACUCGGCUUCAUCAUUACCACCGGAAGUCUUGGUGCAUCUCUCUUCACUCUCUGAUCUACGCCUUGAUGGAAAUCCGAUCCAGGAAUUCCCUCCCGGCGUUCUGCUGCUCUCGACAUCGAAUACGCGGUUGUUGCGACAGAUCGUCCAUACAUUCACCUCCCUUCCGGUGUGGUCGUCAGAUCGGUGUACGCCGUACUACUUCAAUAUGCAUCUCAGGAAUAGUUCCUCCGCGCUACGACAUUUGGUUUCGCAAUGGUCUGAGGUUCGGAUGAAGGCACAGGGAUUGGGGAUGUGUCGAGAACGAUAUGAAUGGAUGCGCUCCGGUGACGACGUCUACGAAGAAUUAGAGCGGAGUAGCGGAUGCAGCGUUUCUCGCGGGAUGCGUGGAGCUCUACCUCCAAUGCCAACCGAGUGUCCAGCGACGCAAAUUGAGAUCCAGAGCGAGCCAGCCAUCCACCCGCCCUCCCCUCCAAGUUGUGACCAACUGGAGGCCAAUGUCCUGAUCAUAUCCCUGGCUAUUAAUGCGUUGUUACUCGUUGGUUGUAUUGUAUUUGGAUCUCUCUGUUGUGCCACUGGCCGAAGAAAGGAAUAUCAACAAUAU